AUAUUGAAUUAGUUCCUGAAGAAAGCUGUCUAAGCAAAAUUUUGGAGAUGAUAUAAGAGAUUAUGGUCUACUCUUUACUCUGAUGAGGAAGUUGAUCGUACGUAUCUAAGAGAGGAGGAAAUAUAGAGGCAGCAACAAUUUUAACAAUCAGAGAUUUGCUGGGCUGGUUUAAGAUCUAGAGGUCAUGGAGGUUUCAACACACGGACGUGCCGGCUUUGCUACACAGGCUAAUGCUUUGUUUAGAAAGAGUCUUACUUAUCAGAAACGAAAUAGGACACAAAACCUCUGCCUUUUGAUAACUCCGCUGGUAAUAGUAGGAUUCUUUGCAACUGUGGAGCAUUAUAUGAGGACAUUGACUGAGUCUAGCGAGAGUCUAAGGUCGAUGGAGGUAAGGAACCCUGUCCCUUGGCCACCAGCUCUGAAAAUUCCACCCGAUGCCAAACGUGCUGUCCGAUCCAAAUAUAUGCCUUUUUCUGACUUGCCGCCUCCUUCUUGUCGAGUAUAUGGCAAUUGCCCUGUCACUUUUCUUCUCACCGGCACCAAUCAAUCCUUUGUCAUGAGUAUGGCAGAAAAAAUGUUUCCACCAGUGUCUAUUGAAAACCCUUCUGACAUGGAUCGUUUAGUCUUGGCAACUCCAGCUCCCUUAUUUCAAUCAAACUAUCUGGUUGAUGUUGCCUUCCAACCUGAUUCGCCUUCACCCCUCUAUUAUCUGCAAACCAAGUGCAAGGCCAAUUCUUCAUUCCCUUAUCCGACUGGGAAAGAAGUAAAAUGCGUGGAAGGAUUAAAAUUGUGGCGGAACAGCUCAUCUGAAAUAAACAAGGAAGUAUACAAAGGCAACGGAGCAAACAAACAAAACAAGAUUGAUAACAAUUUCGGUGCAGCACUUGAUUUCUCGAACACCAACAAAGCCAACUUCAAUGUGAUUCUUUGGAGCGAACCAAGUAGAGCUGAAUCCGCGUUUUCUUUUAAUUUUUCUCGUUUGCCAAGGUUAGUGAAUAUGGCAUCCAAUGUGUAUCUGCAGGCUUUGCAAGGAUCUGGUACCCAGAUACUGUUUGAGUUCAUGAAAGAAGUACCAACCACACUUAGAAUAAGUGCUUCGUUAUCAGAAAUUGUGGAUUUAUUUUUGCGUAUGACAACUUUUGGACUACUUCUAUUUCCAGUAACUGUCUUAGUAACCUUGAUUGUGUAUGAAAAGGAAAAAAAUUUGCGAAUCAUGAUGAAAAUGCAUGGGCUUCGUGACACAGCAUAUUGGUCGAUUACUUAUAUAUACUGCCUUUUUGUUUCUCUUCUUUUUGUACAAUUCUUUCUCAUUGCUGGCAAGUUAUCAGGUUUAUAUUUCUUCACCAAGAAUGACUACAUCGUACAAUCUAUGUUCUAUUUCGUCCAUGUAAACUGGCAGAUUUCAUUUGCAUUUGUGAUUGCUGCUCUUGUGCCUACAGUGAAGACUGCUCAAGUGGUUUGCUCGACGUUCAUGAUGCUAUGUUGUGUCAUUGCAUUUUAUGUUGUCACAAAAUUUUUUGAAUCUUCUGAUUUUUCAAGUAAAACCAUAGUCCUAGUUGAGAUGUUUCCUGGGUUUGCGCUGUACCGAGGAGUGUACGAAUUCCAAAAAUAUGCUUCAUUUGCUAGGAGUGGUGCUGGUGUUGGAAUGCAGUGGAAGAACUUAAAUGACCCAGGAAAUGGGUUGAAAACAGCUAUGGCCAUCAUGAUGGUUGAGUGGAAGGUUAUGCUUUUGUUAGCUUAUUAUCUUGACCAGGUUGUAUCCACUGGGAGUGGCAGGACUAAAAGUCCAUUAUACUUCUUACACUGCUUGAGAAGGAAACCUAAAUUCCAGCAGCAAAAUAUGCAGAGAUAUACUUCUCAACUAUCCUCUUCAAAUGAUCAUAGUGAUGUGGCCCAAGAGAGACAAAAGGUAGAACAAUUGAUGCAAGAAGGAAGCACAAGCCACACGGCUAUCUGUGAUAAUAUCAAGAAGAUUUACCCAGGAAGAGAUGGAAAUCCAGCAAAGGCUGCAGUUAGAGGGUUGUCUCUUGCUUUAGCAAAGUCAGAAUGCUUUGGCAUGCUUGGUCCUAAUGGUGCAGGAAAAACUUCAUUCAUCAGUAUGAUGAUUGGUCUCACGGAUCCAACUUCAGGCACUGCAUACAUUGAAGGUUUAGACAUAACAACUUCCAUGGAUGAUGUAUACACUUGCAUGGGAGUUUGCCCUCAGUUUGACCUGCUGUGGGAGACACUUACUGGAAGGGAGCAUCUAUACUUUUACGGUAGACUUAAGAAUCUUAAAGGUUCUGUAUUGACACGGGCAGUUGAAGAGGCUCUCAAAGAUGUUAACUUAUUCCAUGGUGGUAUUGCUGACAAACAUUCUGGCAAAUAUAGUGGAGGCAUGAAGAGAAGGCUCAGUGUUGCAAUUUCACUAAUCGGCGAUCCUAAGAUUGUUUACCUGGAUGAACCAAGUACUGGAUUAGACCCAGCUUCCAGAAAUAGUCUAUGGAAUGUUGUGAAGCAUGCAAAGAAAAAUCGUACAAUUCUUCUCACAACUCAUUCAAUGGAAGAGGCUGAGGCUCUUUGUGAUAGACUAGGAGUCUUUGUUGAUGGCGCUCUGCGUUGUGUAGGAAAUCCAAAAGAGCUGAAGGCUAGAUAUGGAGGUUACUUCAUCUUUACAAUGACUACAGUGCAAGGGAAUGAUACAGAAGUGGAGGAUAUGGUACUAAAACUUUGCAACAAUGCUAAUAAAACCUACCAUUUGGGCGGUACUCAAAAAUUUGAGCUGCCCAAGCAUGAAGUCCGCCUCGCUGAUAUUUUCCAGCUUGUUGAGGAUGCAAAAAGCAGGUUUCCUGUUCAGGCUUGGGCUCUGGCUGACACCACCCUUGAGGAUGUCUUCAUCAAGGUCACUUGUCAGGCUCAAGCUGUUUCGUCUGAUGAGUAAUUCUUCUUACCAUCUACGUUUUCAAGCUCUAAUUUGACUUCUUUCUUUACGUCUUCAAAGAUAAGUAUUAGGUACAAUGUUACCAGCUGGUAGUGCAACAUGCUCCACAAUUUUCCCCUUUUAGGUGUAGUAUUUUUUGUAAUGGUGUUGUGCCUAAGUUGUAGUAAAAACAGUUCAUUGGAUGUGACUGACAGUUUUGAGCUGCUCCACAUUUAUCGUAACAUUAAACCAAUGUUUUUA